AUGAAAAAAGGAACACUUCACGUACGAAUUCUCGAAGGAAGAAAUGUUAAAGAAACCGAUCUUAUUGGUCAAGCCGAUCCUUUCGUCGAAUUCUGGAUCGACGGACAAGAAAAGCAAAAAACCGAGACACGUAAAAAUACCGACACACCAGUUUGGCUGCAUGAAACCACUAUCCCCUUGAACGGUAAUGAAAAUAAUUUGUAUAUUCGUCUUCUUGAUAAAGAUUUAUUGCGUUCUGAUGAUCUUGGUGAAACUAGAGUUGACUUGGCACAACUCUAUCAACAUUACUUUUUAGACAGUUGGGUUUCUGUUCGUUCUCCGAAAAGCAAAGAAAGCACUGGAGAAGUUCAUUUGGUCUUGGAGUAUUUCCCGAAAGUUGAUCAUCACGAACGACUAGCAAACAGGGCCUUUUGA